AGUGGUACAGUAUUCAUUAAAAGUGAAGUUACAACAAGGCUGUGUAUGUGUAUGUAUACGAGUAUGUGUUUAAAUUGGUUAAACGUACGUAGAAGGGAUUUAAAAUAGGAGAUAAGAAUGCAGAUUUUGUAAAAAAAGGUGUCACUAAACUGCGGUAAUGAAUAAUUCCUAGACAGUACCUUUCUUAUAUCGUCUUUGAGAUUUGUUACGUAGCCAGUUGUACAAUUUUACAUGAUAGAACGCAACGAGUUAAAAUUAUUGCAAUUUAUUAUGCAAAUGGUCGAGCUUUAAGAACAAAAUAACACAAAACUCGUGAUUUUUUUGUGGGAACAAUCAUUUAAAUGAGUCGAAAAUUCAAAGGUUGAUGAACAACUUUUAAAGAACUGUUUCUUUCGAAUAUAGCAAAAGGACUGGCAAACCAAAAACUGGACGUCCUGUUGAUAAUAUUUCUACUCUAGUGCAAAGUGUUGCGGAACAACCUUAAAAACCGAUAUCUCGACGUUCUCAGCGAUUAGGCAUUCAUGAAUCGACUGAUGGAUUGCUUGGCGAAUUUUAUUUGUAGACGUACUCAUGGUGGAUAUUUGAAUGUUGCCAUUUUCGCAUAUAAUUGUAUUUUGAAAGAGUGAAACUUGAAAUAAUCUAAAUUUUUACACAUUUUCUUUUGAAUCAACAUCUAGGCGCGUUUUUUGAAAGAGAAAUUGCAGAUUUUUGCAAACAUUUAUGCGCAUUUUACUUAUAGUUUCUCUUUUGAUCGACCCCAAAUUAAAAUCCAAAACAAACUUACUUAAAACUUUUUGAAAAUAAAUGCUGUUGAACGCUUAACGCAAAUUUUCACUAUCCCACCAAAGAAGAAUUUUUUAGAGGCGCAGAAUUUUUAUUAAAAUAAAUCAUAAGAAAUUAUUGAAAUAGCCAGAGCUUUUUGAGCUAAUGGCAAAUUUCAAUUUAACGUUUAUAAGUAAUUUCCGGUAUAGGGGUUCCUCGACUGCAUCGAAUUUCUAUGACUAUUUAGGCAGAUUAGUAGCAACCGCAAAAUGAUACUCAUUUAUUUUAUUAUUAUUACUAUUGUUGUUGCUAUUAGUAUUAUUAGUGUUGUUGUCAUUAUUAAUUUUGUUGUUGUUGUUGUGUUAUAUAUCACACACAGUUCGGUCCGAUAGGAAUAGCUUGAACCCUUUGCAUCAUUCGACGGAAAAAUCCACAAACAAAAGGGUGGAGGAUAUGAUUCCCGUCCGAUCCCAAAAAAACGCAUAGAUUCUUCCUGGCCAUUAAUUCGCACUUAGCCAUCGCUUAGGCCGGCUCCCCGUGAUUUCAGCAACAUCCUUUCCGGUUGUUGUGCUCAUAUAUAAGUACCUUGUUUUGGAAGACCAUUUUUUGAAGGCUGGCGACUGUUUAACGUGGGGCCAAAAAUUUUUUUAGUUUUUAACAAUGGAUCAAAAAAUAAAAUACUGGAAACUUUUUCAUCUUUAAAAAAACACCCGAAAAACACCAUUUCAAAUGAUUCGAUGCUCUUAAAAGGUUAUAUCAUAAAUCGAAAAUUAAAUUUUUGGAAGCUACUUGGAAGAUCAAGUCGUUAGCAAUAAUAUAAAUAUGUUAAAUUCUCGUCCAAACUCGAAAAAAGUCUGGCCAAACCGGGGUGCCUAACAGAACGUUAAGGUCGUCAUAAAAUCAAAACAUGGUAUGUGAAAAACAGUUUUUUAUGUCAUUUAUGUAAAUAGCAAAAUAUACCCAAAAUACUACCUUGUGGGACUCCAGCUGACACAAUCAAAUAAUAGUUAUAACUGAUAAUUGUCAACAACAACCACACAUGCUAAUUUCCUAACAAGGAAUUUAACUCUGCCAAAAGCAUUAGAGAAAUACGUAUACACAAGAGAAAAAUAAGAUAAACGAAUUGCUGAUAUCAUUAAUAGAAAUUUUGUAAAUCGGGUCGUACGUAAAAUAAUAAUCUCACUUCUCAAUCAUUCACAUUGAGAUUGAAACGAUUCUCUAUAAUGGUUUUUUUUGUUUAAUAUAUAUUACAACGGGCUGAUAUUUUUAAAGUCAUCAGGUGCACUACUAGUGCUUGAAGUAUUAUUCUCAUCCAGACGCUACUGGCUUAAAAUUUCAGCACUAAUAUCAAAGAGACUACCACUAUCUGCAUUACUACUUUCAUUUAGAAGAGCUCUCUAUUUUGGUUUACUCAUCUUAUUUUUUCCUGCCUUACUUCUUUUAUGCGUCAUUUCACAAACCAUUCACAAAUAUCUUCGCCACCCACAAAGAGUCGACUUAAAGUAAUGUUUUCCCGUAUGCUGCAAAAACGACGCUUGAGGGUAGCGCACGUACGUUUUUAAAUAAAAGCCACUGCAAAUAUUUUUAAGCAACCAAAAAUACUUUAAACUGAGCAAACUUAUGGUUUGCACAAAUUCAAGGAAUUUGAUUGAAUUUCGGGCAAAUGGCUUCCAUAAGAAUUUAAGAAGAUUAUAGGUGAAGUAUCGUUUUCGACGAGAAGAGCAGAUAAGGGUUAUCACACCUGCUUGCCAUGAAACAGCUUUCCAUAAGAUACCAACUGCUGUUUCGUCUGUGGAAUUAGCGCAGCAGAAGGAAGUGGAGAAGAAGGCCCACCGAAACAUCUUGCAGGAUGUGAAACAGACCUUUUGCUUUAUGAAGAGGAUUCUGAGUUUCACAAAAUGAAAUUUUAGUACAGGUUUAAAAAAAUGUUACAAAAAAAAUAACCAGGAAAGUGGUUGCUUUGAGUGAUUUGUGAAAGUAUGCGUUGCUAUGCGCCAUCUUCCACUAGGCAAUUCGAGCUGUUCUAAGGUGUUUAUAACCGGCCAAGGACUGUCACUUCAGCAGUACUUUGAUUUCGAAGGCUGCAGUGGAUCGCAAUGUGAUGAUGGCACUUGCAUUGAAGACACCUAUUUCUGCAAUGGUUUCAAGGACUGCCCGGAUGGAUCGGAUGAAUCGGAACAAACGUGCAAGGAAGCAGAAUGCACUGAUAGCGAUUUCAAGUGUUCCUAUGGCGCCUGCAUACCACACCAAAUAACCUGCGAUCAAAAAUUCGACUGUGUGGAUGGCAGCGAUGAAACUUUCGCAUUAUGCCCCAAUACGCAACCAUGCCCCAAUACGAAAUUCCAGUGUGGCUAUGGCGGAUGCAUUAAUUUUGAUGGAAAAUGUGAUGGCAAAUUUGAUUGUCCCGAUCAAAGCGAUGAGUAUCCACCGUUAUGUCAAUGAUUUAUUAGCCACAUGGCAGACUUACAGAUUUAAAUGAAGAAAUAAAGAAAAAUGGAUUAAACGAAC